GCCUAACCAGCUGUUGUAACCACGACAGCAUCACGCUGUCAAAAUUAAGAUGACUGUUGAAACAAAACAUUACCGCCGUUCUAUUGCAACAGUUUGUAAAUAAACGGAGCAAAACUCGUGGUUUCGGCUUUCUACAGUGUUUAUAUCGUGAUUAAUGUGGUCCUAGCGCAUUAUCUGUUUAAGAAAGGCGUUAUAAAAAUAACUCUUGAUGCACAGAUGAACAUCAUUACCUCGUGGUGCUAGCAAGAAAUCUAUAUGUUAAGCCUAAAUAUGACCGGCAACAGUUUACACAUUACUCGAAAUAUGCUAGCCCGAUGGAGAAACAUUCAAACGUCUCUGUAUCGCACGAUAGUAAAAGAUGCAGCUUCGCUCAAACCCAAAGCAUCCCGUGCCCGAAAACCAAAAGUAACAAGCACAUCAACAACCAGUGCCGACAUCGCUGUACCAAAGGAUUUACUCGAACACUUUCAAACCGCCGAAGGAAUGGAUGUAAUGAAACGCUUUCCUCCGUCAAUACUGCGUAAAAGCUCCAUAAACACGGAACGAUUCUACGUUGCAAAUCGGGCAACCGCAGAACAAAUUGCAAACGUCGUGACAAACGAUCUACCGCCCGAUCGCUUAUUGGUGGAAGUAAAUCCCGGUCCCGGACUACUAACCGAGCAAAUUAUGAAGCAUAAUGUUACCAACAUGCGUCUUUACGAGACGGAAACAGCCUUCGAAAUUAAGCUACGUGCAUCAUUCAACAUGCCCAAAGAUAUGCUCCGUAUAGGAGAUUUUAACGCACUGUGGCGAUUAUCGUAUCUAGAUGGGUUCGACAAUGGCCGGCGCGUGUUAAAGCUGCUGGAUGGUAUACCACAGAGAAAGUGGAAUGAUGAAGUCAGCUUUCGUUUGUUCUCUGUCAUAGGUACAGUGAAGUUUUUACGCUACCUCAUGAACUCGAUCACGCAUCAAUCCGAGCUCUAUUCACUUGGACGCUAUGAAAUGUUUCUAGUUAUGUCCCCUUUGCUUUACGCGCAAAUCUCAUCAACCAAAGCCGCCGGAUACAAAUUGUACCGUGGCAGUACGAUUGUUUUCCAAGUGUACUUCGAGCACGAAUUGUUGUGCAAGUUGCCUCGCAGACACUUCCUACCAUGGUGUACUGGUGGCGGUGCAAAGAAGGUCCGAACGCUACACCAGAAGCUAAUUGAGGAUGGAGCCGACGAGUGGUAUCUGGUGAAGAUUAUGCCGCGAAAAAAUCUCCACGAACAUCUGCUGCCCGACAAUUUGGGGCUGUUUGCUUCGUUCGUAACGCAACAUUACGUAAGCAGACGAAAUCGGAUUAUCCCGUCGUUAGAACACUGGAUACCGCACUGUGGAGCAAGAUUAAUAUUAAACUCCAACUAUACACGAAGAUCCGCUAAUGCGGUUCCAGCUGAACAUGUUUUACCCAGUCAGCUGCAGAAAUCAAUGCCUCUGUCGUCGAACGAUUAUGCCAAUAAUAUGAACAUUUACACCGAGUUCGGUGAACUGACGCCAACGCAGGUGCUAACGCUGUUCAAUGAAUUUAUCAACUGGUCUGAAUUCCACCAGUCACCAUUUAUGCAGGCAGUGGAGAGUCAGAAACAUAAGCAGCGCCUCAUCCGAAAUCUGGACGAUGAGGAAACGGUAGAAGAGUCCAGCGAACCACACACAAUUGCUGAGAAAAACAUUAAAAUGAAGAAACGAUCGGAUGCAUGACGCUAAGUCACCCUUGUUCGUUUUGAACUGACCCUAUUUUAUUGGAGAUAAUACACCGAAACAUGAGAACCACACAGUAAUGUGCAAAAGUGACCAAUAGAGUUACGGAACGUUAGGGCACAAACCAUUGUGCAUAGCUUUUGUGCCAAUGGUGCAGCGUUUGGCACCUUGGAAAUACACGGCCGG